AUGCCUCAAACUUUGUAUGCACCAUCAACAUCAUCGUAUUUAUCAACAUCAUCAGGCUCAUCAUAUGUAUCGCAGCCGUUACCAUCAGCACCACCAUCAUAUUCACCACUACUAUCAUCAUCGUCAUCACAACAGUCAUCAUCAUCAUCAUAUUUGCCAUCACCAGCAAUACCAUCAUAUUUACCGCUAUUAUCAUCAUCUCAACAGUUUGCAUCAUAUUUGUCGCAACCACUAUUACCAGCAUCAUAUGGUCCACCACAAUUACUGAUGCCAUGGGCAGAGAAUGUUUAUCGAAAUGAAUUGGUUUUGAUGAUGCCAGCUCCACAUGAACCAGAGCAGCAGCCACCUCAACAUCAACAAGAAAAUAAUGAUUAUGAUCAUUAUCAGCAGUAUAAGCACCACCACCACCAACAACAACAACAACAGCAAUAUUAUGAUAAUGGGCGCUACUAUUGUCAUCACAAUGAACAGUUUAUCCAAAAUAAUUUUUUUAAUACACAUGAUGAUGACGAGGGAAUGGACAAUCAUUUUAAAUAA